AUGACGAAAUUCACAUUGCUUCUUGUUUUCCCAUUGUUCAACCUCACAUCCCUUCCAUAUCUAGGGCAUGCUCAGUCCUCCUGCAACAGUCCAUGCCAAACCUUAAACAACUACAAAGCAAACCUCGUCUGCGUCGAUCGACAAUGCAAGGACGACCCUAAUGCCAAAACUCAAAUAUGCAGUGAAAGCUCUUCUUUCCAUCCGCUACCUUGCAAACAAACAAGCACAGUGAAAUGCCAAGGCCAAUCGUACCCUACAUACAAGUGCUCUCCUCCUAUCUCAUCCUCUACGCCAGCCAAGCUUACUUACAAAGAUUUUACUAAAGGACGACCCUUAAAGUGCGAUGGCAAGUUCUGUUCCAACAAAGAUCCAAUCAUUGCGUUGUUGACAAGCUGGUACAAUGGUGGCUCAAGGUGCACGGCGAAAAAUGGGAAGAGAGUGGUGGCGAAGGUGGUAGACGAAUGUGGCUUGAGCCGCAAUUGUGAUAAGGAGAAUAACUAUGAAUCGCCGUGCAAGAAUAACAUAGUUGAUGGAUCGGAUGCUGUAUGGAAGGCUUUGGGGCUAAACAAGGAGAAGGGUGAAGCUGAUGUUUUUUGGUCCAUCAUCGCCUAA